CCGCCAUAACACUCGCCCUUGAAAGUUGACGAGCUCGCGAGCUGGACAGCAGAUGAAAAGGCAAACAAAUGUCUGCGUCCAGUACUGUUGGGGGAAAAACUCUAGACGUUGUGAAAAAUUUACCGCGGAUAACACUAGCCAAUCUCCGACCGAAUCCCGGUGCAAGACAAAAUGCGAAGCGGCGGGGCCGCGGCAUGCAUGGUGGCAAUAGGAGUGGGCGGGGUCACAAAGGUGAACGACAGCGCGGUAACCGCCCCCGCCUGGGCUUUGAGGGAGGGCAGACACCAUUCUACCUGAUUAUCCCCAAGUAUGGAUACAACGAGGGACACAGCCGUCGGCCGCAGUACCCGCCGCUGUCUCUGCGGAGGUUGCAGUAUUUGAUAGAUGUGGGGCGUGUGGACCCCUCUCAGCCCAUAGACCUCACUCAGCUGGUGAACAGCAGAGGGAUUACCAUCCAGCCUCUAAAACGUGACUAUGGAGUCCAUCUAGUAGAUGAGGGAGCUGAUAUAUUCUGUGCUAAGGUGAACCUGGAGGUUCAGCUUGCAUCUGAAGCAGCCAUUGCUGCAGUGGAACGUAAUGGUGGUGUAAUCACAACCAGCUACUAUGACCCUCGCAGCUUACAGAUUCUCAUCAAACCAGUACCCUUUUUCAUGACUGGACAGCCACUUCCCAAACGAAUGUUUCCUGGUGAAGACCUCCUUCUGUACUACACGGACGCUAAUAACCGUGGCUACCUCGCUGACCUGGAAAAGAUUGAGGCUGCCCGGAAAGCGCUAGCAUUUAAAUACGGCUACACUUUACCAAAUAUUUCAUUGGAGACUGCUUGCAAAAUGUUGGCAGAGCGGAAGGACCCCCGACAGAUUUUUUUUGGUUUGGCACCGGGCUGGGUAGUGAACAUGGCAGAAAAGAAGAUACUGAAACCCACCGACAAGGAUUUGUUGGAGUACUAUAAUUCAUAAUGUUUCAUGUAACUCAUUUACACACAAUAUGCCAAUUUCAUUGAAUAACCUUUGAAUAUGUAAAUAUGUAUUAUUAUUUACAUUCACUAGUAAUAAAUAUAUUGCUGAUCCUUA